CUGUUUGUGUCUUUUUCUUACAGGGGCAAUGAAGACACCCCUUACAAUGUGUACCACACCAUGCCCUACCCCAAGACCAAGGCAAAGGCAGAGAAGAUCGUACUUGAAGCUAAUGCACCAAGAUCGGGUGUCCCUGAUGAAACUGAACAUGGACGAGUCUAUGCAGGUAACGUUGCCUGGAUGCAUGUUCUUGCAGCCCGGGCCCUGAGAGAGCGCCCACAGGCUGUCGGAGGUGAAGCUUUCUUUUGCUACGAUGACUCGCCCUACAAGAGCUAUGAGGAUUUCAACAUGCUUUUCCUCUCCGCAUUUAACUUCCGGAGGGUCCGCAUGCCGUUAAUGUUGCUCUGGUUCCUGGCUGUGUUUAAUGACAUGCUCCGCUGGAUACUGAGCCCCUUUACUAACUAUACACCGUUGCUUAAUGGUUACACCUUCGCCGUUGCAAGUACCUCCUUCACCGUGUCCACAAACAAAGCACUACGUCACUUUGAGUCGCCGCUGUUUGACUGGGAUCAAUGUCGUGCCCACACACAGAAAUGGUUGACACAUUUCCUGGAUAAACCCAAAGUCUCUUAAUGUGACCUCAACCACUACAACACACAUCAGGAGCUGCUAUGUAGAGACGCAGCGCUCCUGAUAGAUGUGUAAAGAAGUCCUGAGCUUUUAGAUUACAGCGUAAAGUAAAGGAAAGCAAACAGUAUUUAUGGUAGAAAAAUGUCAUUUGAAUCUUUUGUUAGUCUGUGUUAUACUCACUUAUAACUGCUAAGUUAUACAGGAAACAUAAUAAAAGCAUUUGCUCGAUGAGGCAAAAACAUUUUAUCCUUAUUUAAAAGAAAGUCAGAUGAAUUAUUUAAUUCCACAGGAUUCAUUUCACAGACUAUAUAGAUGUUCAACUUUGUUAAUUAUGACAAUUGUUAAAGUAAUUGACAAGCAUUAUCUACAUACAUAUGGACUAAAUAUCUGUAUUUAGUAAUAUAUUGUAUUCUUAUGAAUGCUUUAUGUUGCAUAAUUGAAACAUACUUUUUUAUAUCUUAAGAAAUGUAUCGUUUUUGGUACAAUAGUUUAUUUUGUAAUUUGUAUUAAAGAUAAUUUAUUAUAUUCUA